GCCGCUAGCCUUAAGUGCGUGUCUGCACAGGAAGAAGACUGCAACAGGAAAAAUUUUCUCGUGUGUUCGGUUUCUCGAUUCCUCGGUUGCAUACACAAACACCCGUUUGGUUCGUUUAGUAGUUCGUGAGUUAUCAACGCUUCCACACAAGCAAGAACCGUUGUUGGGAUCCUGAAAUCGGGCGAUCAUUGCCUUCUUUUACCGCGAGGAUGGGCGAUCCUUCCCUCGAUGUCCUUCGGAUUUUGGACUCCUUGGACGAGUACCUCACCCUGUCAGAUUCAUUGUCUUCGACACUACGGCAGGGAUGGCUGGAUCUAGCUGGUGCACGGCAUGCUAUGGGUACUUCGCGGGUAACUGGUGCAGUUUUUGACCUUAAACCACAUCCUGCUGCUGCAACUUUUCAUGUAAAGUUAGAAGAUGAAAGUGUAUCAGAUACGAUUGCUGAAGUUGAAGAAGGAAGCCACAUCACACCAUGUCUAAGGCAUCCUUCUUUUACUCUUUCCAAGGAGCAUGUAGACAGUGAAAGAGGUUUAGAACCAGAAGGACAGAAACAACCUAACUCUGUUGGUGCAGAGUUGCGAUGCCGGGUCCCUUCGCGAACUUGUGAGGGCCACCAGAAAGAACAAUCAGCAAACGAUGAAGUUCAAGCUUCUCUGGAUGCUCAGGUGCAGAAGCAAAGGUCAAAGCUACUCUCUGUUUAUGGAGUUCUGGUCUCUCCAAAGCUGAGAGGUGCCCAAAUCUCAUUUGAGAGAGCACUACAAACCAUAGUAGACCUAGCAAAUGCACGUGCAAGAAUGAUGGCUGCUUUUGAACGAAUUGAAAGAGAUAUGAAGAUAAAUCUCAAAUAAAUAUGGUUGUUGAUUGUGGGGAGCAAAGUGUAGACCAUUGUAAUUCUGCACGGAUGGAGACUCAUUUAAUGGCAAUAUUGAACGCAACCAAGGAAUGUUGACUUCGAUCAUGCGAUGUGUACAAUUGAUACUUGUGUUCCUAUAUGUCCUUGCAAGUUAGUAGGGCAAUUUUCCCACAGGCUUAACAUCAUCCAUCCCUUUUUGAUAGCACAAUCUAUGACUUUCUCUUUAGAUUAUCAGUAAAGUUUGUUGUCACUUGUUAAUUCCUUUA